AUAGUAUUUGUGUGCUUGUAAAAAAUAUAAAUGUGCAAUCACAUAGUGAUGAUGAACAAAUAUUUCCUGAAAAAUCUGUUAGGGCGAAUGGAAAUUCAAAUUUAGACUUACAAAAGAAAAGGCUGCUGGAUGAGGAAGAAAGUAUUUCAGAAAGAAAAAGGAGUAAAAUUGAUAAUAAUUUUGUACAAUCUGAUAAACGAAAUGAUAACCAGCAUUCCGAUUUUGAUGAUAAUGAUUUUAUGUUUAAGAAACCAUCUAUGCCGGUCCGUAAAUCAAAUAAGACCCAAAAGCAUAAUGUUACUGAAGUACUUAUUUCUAAAUCAUCACAACAACUUACUCAGAAAAUGAACCAAGACUCUGACAGCCAUACCAAAAAUUUACAAGAUUUAGAUUCAGAUAAUAACAACCAAACAGUAAUUUCUCAAAACAGCAGCGAUGUUUCAAUGAAACCCAGCUUUAUAAAACGGAAACUUUUCACACAAAAAUUAGACCUCCUUGAGAAUAAAAACCUCAAUAGCGAUUUAGCUGCACCAAGUCCUCAGACGAAAUCAAAUGUAUGUAAAGAGAAGAAUAAAACAAGGAAAUUAGUAACAUCCCAAUCGUGUCUCAGUAGAGAUGUUGUAGAUGAUGAAAAUAAUGUUUUGGAUCUGAUACACAAAAUUGUACCAGCCGAUCAAAUGAAUUUAACUACUGCAAGUAAUAAGAGGACGAAUAAAAGUAACAAAGUACCAGAUGAUAAUUGGGAUGUGGCCUCUGUUGUGUCUCAAUGUAACAGUGCUGAUGGUAGCGAUACAUAUACAGAUGAAGAAAUAUUCAAUGUACAUAAUACUAUUAAGAAGAAAGGUGAUACCAAGAAAAAACAAGAAACUAAAGCUAUCAAAACUGCAAUAAGAGAUUGUAAGGUUGUUCUGCAAAAUGUAAUAAAGCCUAAUGCUUGUAAGCAUAACGUUAAUGGUACAACAGAAUCAUCAUCUACUAAUAUAAAAACUAUAAAUAAAGGGGCAGUGUUGAAUUCAGUUAAAUCAUUUUGGGAAACUGAUAUGGAGAGUGACAUAGAGAGUCACAGUACACCAGCCUGGAAACAAAAAACUACCAUCAAUCAAGUGAAAGAACCAUUGAAAGAAACACCUAAUGUAACUAUCUUGCAACCUGAAAAGAGAAAAGCUAAGGGUAGCAUGAUAACAGUAAGAGGCUUAAAAAAUAAAAUAAACAAUAAAACAAUACUAAAUGAGGUAAAGAAACCUUCAGCUAGCCCCCAAAAAGUAGAUAUGCCUAAAGAAAUGGAACCUGCAAAACCUAAGGCUGCAACAAAUAAAAAGACAGCAAGACAAACAAAAAAAGAUACAACAAAACCCAAUGAAAGUGUUCUUAAUACAAGAUCUACACGUAACUCAAAGAAGCUUCAAGAUUGUUUCUGUAGUGAUGAUGUAUCAAAUGACAGUAAUACCCAAACGAAAAAAAUGAAACAAAAAAAUACAGCUAAACCAACAAAGACUGUCAAACCAAAAGCAAACAAAAAAAGCACUCCAAAAGACACCAAAUGUGUGCCAAAAACAACUAUACAAACAAGAAGAAGCAAAGAAUUACAAUCAGUCUUAAAUACCACGCAUGAUUCGGGCAGUAGUAUUAACAUUUCUGGUAGAAGUUCAAGAUCAAUGAAAAGGCUAGAAAAUUCGAAAGAAAAUAUUGAACCAAUAAUAACGAGAAGUGGGAGUAAAAACAUUGAUGAUGAACAAAUAUUUCCUGAAAAAUCUGUUAGGGCGAAUGGAAAUUCAAAUUUAGACUUACAAAAGAAAAGGCUGCUGGAUGAGGAAGAAAGUAUUUCAGAAAGAAAAAGGAGUAAAAUUGAUAAUAAUUUUGUACAAUCUGAUAAACGAAAUGAUAACCAGCAUUCCGAUUUUGAUGAUAAUGAUUUUAUGUUUAAGAAACCAUCUAUGCCGGUCCGUAAAUCAAAUAAGACCCAAAAGCAUAAUGUUACUGAAGUACUUAUUUCUAAAUCAUCACAACAACUUACUCAGAAAAUGAACCAAGACUCUGACAGCCAUACCAAAAAUUUACAAGAUUUAGAUUCAGAUAAUAACAACCAAACAGUAAAUUCUCAAAACAGCAGCGAUGUUUCAAUGAAACCCAGCUUUAUAAAACGGAAACUUUUCACACAAAAAUUAGACCUCCUUGAGAAUAAAAACCUAAAUAGCGAUUUAGCUGCACCAAGUCCUCAGACGAAAUCAAAUGUAUGUAAAGAGAAGAAUAAAACAAGGAAAUUAGUAACAUCCCAAUCGUGUCUCAGUAGAGAUGUUGUAGAUGAUGAAAAUAAUGUUUUGGAUCUGAUACACAAAAUUGUACCAGCCGAUCAAAUGAAUUUAACUACUGCAAGUAAUAAGAGGACGAAUAAAAGUAACAAAGUACCAGAUGAUAAUUGGGAUGUGGCCUCUGUUGUGUCUCAAUGUAACAGUGCUGAUGGUAGCGAUACAUAUACAGAUGAAGAAAUAUUCAAUGUACAUAAUACUAUUAAGAAGAAAGGUGAUACCAAGAAAAAACAAGAAACUAAAGCUAUCAAAACUGCAAUAGGAGAUUGUAAGGUUGUUCUGCAAAAUGUAAUAAAGCCUAAUGCUUGUAAGCAUAACGUUAAUGGUACAACAGAAUCAUCAUCUACUAAUAUAAAAACUAUAAAUAAAGGGGCAGUGUUGAAUUCAGUUAAAUCAUUUUGGGAAACUGAUAUGGAGAGUGACAUAGAGAGUCACAGUACACCAGCCUGGAAACAAAAAACUACCAUCAAUCAAGUGAAAGAACCAUUGAAAGAAACACCUAAUGUAACUAUCUUGCAACCUGAAAAGAGAAAAGCUAAGGGUAGCAUGAUAACAGUAAGAGGCUUAAAAAAUAAAAUAAACAAUAAAACAAUACUAAAUGAGGUAAAGAAACCUUCAGCUAGCCCCCAAAAAGUAGAUAUGCCUAAAGAAAUGGAACCUGCAAAACCUAAGGCUGCAACAAAUAAAAAGACAGCAAGACAAACAAAAAAAGAUACAACAAAACCCAAUGAAAGUGUUCUUAAUACAAGAUCUACACGUAACUCAAAGAAGCUUCAAGAUUGUUUCUGUAGUGAUGAUGUAUCAAAUGACAGUAAUACCCAAACGAAAAAAAUGAAACAAAAAAAUACAGCUAAACCAACAAAGACUGUCAAACCAAAAGCAAACAAAAAAAGCACUCCAAAAGACACCAAAUGUGUGCCAAAAACAACUAUACAAACAAGAAGAAGCAAAGAAUUACAAUCAGUCUUAAAUACCACGCAUGAUUCGGGCAGUAGUAUUAACAUUUCUGGUAGAAGUUCAAGAUCAAUGAAAAGGCUAGAAAAUUCGAAAGAAAAUAUUGAACCAAUAAUAACGAGAAGUGGGAGUAAAAACAUUGAUGAUGAACAAAUAUUUCCUGAAAAAUCUGUUAGGGCGAAUGGAAAUUCAAAUUUAGACUUACAAAAGAAAAGGCUGCUGGAUGAGGAAGAAAGUAUUUCAGAAAGAAAAAGGAGUAAAAUUGAUAAUAAUUUUGUACAAUCUGAUAAACGAAAUGAUAACCAGCAUUCCGAUUUUGAUGAUAAUGAUUUUAUGUUUAAGAAACCAUCUAUGCCGGUCCGUAAAUCAAAUAAGACCCAAAAGCAUAAUGUUACUGAAGUACUUAUUUCUAAAUCAUCACAACAACUUACUCAGAAAAUGAACCAAGACUCUGACAGCCAUACCAAAAAUUUACAAGAUUUAGAUUCAGAUAAUAACAACCAAACAGUAAAUUCUCAAAACAGCAGCGAUGUUUCAAUGAAACCCAGCUUUAUAAAACGGAAACUUUUCACACAAAAAUUAGACCUCCUUGAGAAUAAAAACCUAAAUAGCGAUUUAGCUGCACCAAGUCCUCAGACGAAAUCAAAUGUAUGUAAAGAGAAGAAUAAAACAAGGAAAUUAGUAACAUCCCAAUCGUGUCUCAGUAGAGAUGUUGUAGAUGAUGAAAAUAAUGUUUUGGAUCUGAUACACAAAAUUGUACCAGCCGAUCAAAUGAAUUUAACUACUGCAAGUAAUAAGAGGACGAAUAAAAGUAACAAAGUACCAGAUGAUAAUUGGGAUGUGGCCUCUGUUGUGUCUCAAUGUAACAGUGCUGAUGGUAGCGAUACAUAUACAGAUGAAGAAAUAUUCAAUGUACAUAAUACUAUUAAGAAGAAAGGUGAUACCAAGAAAAAACAAGAAACUAAAGCUAUCAAAACUGCAAUAGGAGAUUGUAAGGUUGUUCUGCAAAAUGUAAUAAAGCCUAAUGCUUGUAAGCAUAACGUUAAUGGUACAACAGAAUCAUCAUCUACUAAUAUAAAAACUAUAAAUAAAGGGGCAGUGUUGAAUUCAGUUAAAUCAUUUUGGGAAACUGAUAUGGAGAGUGACAUAGAGAGUCACAGUACACCAGCCUGGAAACAAAAAACUACCAUCAAUCAAGUGAAAGAACCAUUGAAAGAAACACCUAAUGUAACUAUCUUGCAACCUGAAAAGAGAAAAGCUAAGGGUAGCAUGAUAACAGUAAGAGGCUUAAAAAAUAAAAUAAACAAUAAAACAAUACUAAAUGAGGUAAAGAAACCUUCAGCUAGCCCCCAAAAAGUAGAUAUGCCUAAAGAAAUGGAACCUGCAAAACCUAAGGCUGCAACAAAUAAAAAGACAGCAAGACAAACAAAAAAAGCUACAACAAAACCCAAUGAAAGUGUUCUUAAUACAAGAUCUACACGUAACUCAAAGAAGCUUCAAGAUUGUUUCUGUAGUGAUGAUGUAUCAAAUGACAGUAAUACCCAAACGAAAAAAAUGAAACAAAAAAAUACAGCUAAACCAACAAAGACUGUCAAACCAAAAGCAAACAAAAAAAGCACUCCAAAAGACACCAAAUGUGUGCCAAAAACAACUAUACAAACAAGAAGAAGCAAAGAAUUACAAUCAGUCUUAAAUACCACGCAUGAUUCGGGCAGUAGUAUUAACAUUUCUGGUAGAAGUUCAAGAUCAAUGAAAAGGCUAGAAAAUUCGAAAGAAAAUAUUGAACCAAUAAUAACGAGAAGUGGGAGUAAAAACAUUAUUUGUGUGCUUGUAAAAAAUAUAAAUGUGCAAUCACAUAGUGAUGAUGAACAAAUAUUUCCUGAAAAAUCUGUUAGGGCGAAUGGAAAUUCAAAUUUAGACUUACAAAAGAAAAGGCUGCUGGAUGAGGAAGAAAGUAUUUCAGAAAGAAAAAGGAGUAAAAUUGAUAAUAAUUUUGUACAAUCUGAUAAACGAAAUGAUAACCAGCAUUCCGAUUUUGAUGAUAAUGAUUUUAUGUUUAAGAAACCAUCUAUGCCGGUCCGUAAAUCAAAUAAGACCCAAAAGCAUAAUGUUACUGAAGUACUUAUUUCUAAAUCAUCACAACAACUUACUCAGAAAAUGAACCAAGACUCUGACAGCCAUACCAAAAAUUUACAAGAUUUAGAUUCAGAUAAUAACAACCAAACAGUAAAUUCUCAAAACAGCAGCGAUGUUUCAAUGAAACCCAGCUUUAUAAAACGGAAACUUUUCACACAAAAAUUAGACCUCCUUGAGAAUAAAAACCUAAAUAGCGAUUUAGCUGCACCAAGUCCUCAGACGAAAUCAAAUGUAUGUAAAGAGAAGAAUAAAACAAGGAAAUUAGUAACAUCCCAAUCGUGUCUCAGUAGAGAUGUUGUAGAUGAUGAAAAUAAUGUUUUGGAUCUGAUACACAAAAUUGUACCAGCCGAUCAAAUGAAUUUAACUACUGCAAGUAAUAAGAGGACGAAUAAAAGUAACAAAGUACCAGAUGAUAAUUGGGAUGUGGCCUCUGUUGUGUCUCAAUGUAACAGUGCUGAUGGUAGCGAUACAUAUACAGAUGAAGAAAUAUUCAAUCUAUCAAAACUGCAAUAG